UUGUCCGCCAUUCUCGAGUGGAAUGGAGACCGAUGAAACAUAUUAUUCCUUUAUCGUAAAUGGAUUGUGAAGAAAUCUAGGGAUGUUUUGAUGCUAACCAUUGAUCUAUUUUGUAAUUGAUCAGUUUGGAGUUGACUUGAUAGGUCCAAUGGACCCUGAACGAAGUCAUGUGUCAGUCCAGAAUGAUGACAACCACAGAAGUGUAUUGCCAUCAAGCUCCAUAGAGGAAGGAUCUUGUUCUGUGGCAGUGGAGGUCUCUGACUCUGAAGGAAAGGAGAAUGCACUUGUGGAGAAAGUUCAGGAGAUAGCAUUAGACAGCAGUAGUAGUGUCAAGACAGAAUGGACAACUUCGAGGGCGAGCAUUCAUUUAACAACAAGUGUGCAUAAUAAGACUGGAGCAAUGUUUGAAGAGGAAGAAGAAGGAGAACUUGAUUACGAGGAGGAUGAAGGCGAAGUACCAGGGGGCCAAGAGGAUAAGAAUGGCCUAAGAAAUGAUGUUGAUGAUGGUAAAGAGGAAGGUGAAGUAGAAGAUGAUGAGCAAGAUGAUGAGGGUGAAGAAGGAGAAAUCCUCUCAGAUGAUGAUGAUAAGGUAAAUGCAGAGAAAAAGCCUCAAGAACAAAAAGAUUCAGCUAAGAAUGAGGCUGAUGGCCCUGAAGAAGGAGAAGUGAUUGAUGAUGGAGAUUCCAUGGGUGCACCAGUCCUAAGAACAAAAGUCUGCAGAUAUUUUAUGUAUGGUGGUUGCACAUGGGGGAAUUCUUGCAGAUUUCUUCAUCCUGGUCACAAUGACAAAGGUGCCUAUCAAAUGCUUCCUGAGCCUGGCCAGUACCCAAGCCCCUUCCCCAAAGCACCAGCAGUUGUUCCUCCCAUUCAUCCUGAUGCUAUGAUGAUACCGGACCAAGAUCUUAGUCAGCUGGGUGAUGAAGUUAAUGACAAUAGUGUUCAACCUGCCUUAGAGGUGAUACCUCCAACCAAAAAAGAAACCGCAUGGGAGAGGGGACUGAAACGAGCAAAAGAGAUAAAAAAGGCCGCUCAGAAGAGAAAAGAAGAAGACGCUGAUUUUAAGGAAAAGCGAAUGAUACUGGGAAUCACAGCUGAGGAUGACGAAGAUGAAAAUGAUAAAGAAAAUACGAUGAGACGGCGUGAAAUGAUGCGGAGUAGGCUGGAGAAAGAAGCUAUUCACUGUGAGGAGGACGAUGUCAGGUAUCGCAGAGGUGCUGACAUUGUGUCUCGGUGGAGAGACAAGAGAGAAACUUCGCCUCUUCAGUAUCGGGAUCGUGACAGAAAGAAGAAGAGAGGUUUUCGCACUCCUUCGUCUUCACCUGAAAGGGACAGACGGAAUAGACGACGAGGAGGUGAGAAGGAUAAACAGAAAGAAAAAAACAAAGAAACUGUUAAGGAGAGAGAAACAGAACAAACGAGAAAAGGAACGAAAGAGCUGGAAAAGACAAGCGAGGAGAAAUUUAAAAAGAAGAAGGACAGAGGUAAGGAGAAGGAGACGGAAGAGGAAAAAAACGACAGUGCAGACAAGGAACAAACAACUCCAGCUCUCAAGGAGCAACAAGAAAGGACAACUGACGAGAAAAAGAACAGGGAUGAGGGAAAGAAAAAAAGGACUCACGAAUCAAGUGCGGAGACAGAAGUUAAAACAGCUAAGGAUAUAGAGAAGAAAGAGGAGACCAGGGAAUUAGAUGACAAGGACAAAGCUAAACCCAAAGCAUUAGGAAUCUCUAGUUCUCGUCUCCCUAAUGACGACUGGAUUGAUCCUUGGCAAAGAACUACUUCUCCUAAACGACAGUCAGCCUCUUCACGGAGUUCACGAAGCCGAUCGUCAUCUUCCUCAUCUGACUCAUCACGCUCGUCACGUUCACGUUCACACUCAGGAUCAGAGUCACAUUCCACUUCACGCUCUGCGUCACGCUCACGGUCUCGUUCAGUCUCUGCAGCGUCUUCUAGAUCACGCUCGCGGUCCCACUCCGGAUCCCGAUCUAAAUCACGCUCCCGAUCUGGAUCUCGAUCCUCGGGUAGCGAUCGUUCGAGUUCGUCAAGCAGCCACAGUCCUAUGAAAGAGGCGAAGACUGCACCGAAUGCAGACGACGACAGAGGUGCCAAACAAGCGUCAAACGAAUCAUCAGACUCGGAAUCCGAAUCAACCAAAUCCAAGUCUCGAUCACCCACACCGGUUUCGAAAAGCCCCAUAAAGCCAAAAGCUUCUCCAGACAAAGGACCUCGGACGCCACCAAUCGAGUCAUCAACAGGACGUUACUUCAAAGAAAAAAGGAAUCGCUAUGAGUAUGGCCGAGCAGACAGAAUAGAAAAGUGGCGAGAGACGCAGUUACGAUAUAACAACCCUUGGGACCCCCGAAGGAUGGGUGGUACAAGGCCAACUGAAGAUCCAUAUAGGGAGCGAGAGCGUGGAUAUCACUCUCGAAGGGGAAGGAGUCCCACGAGGAGAAGAAGAUCUCGAUCGCCCCGGAGAAGGAAUGAGGACCGAAGGCGACCUGACGAAUUGAAGACCCGAGAGCGUUCCUCGAGUGCAGAUAGCAUGGAGCAUGCGCUGGCUCGGCCCAGUUCUCCUCGCGGGACACGGGAACGAGGCGGAAUGCGGCGUGUGUCCAGUGCAUCAUCAAGUGACAGUGAGAGUACUGACAGUGGUAGUCAAUCUGAAGACGAACAAAACCCGCCUAAAACACGCCGGACAGCCCCUGAACAGAUCAAACAAGCUCGGAAUGUGCCGCUGACAAGUGGAAAUAUUAGAUAUACGGGACAUAAAGAUAUUAAACUCACUUUGAAUAAGUCUGUGACGCGAAAAGACAACUCGGAGCCAUCCAAACAACCCGCUCCUCAUUCACCACCAGCAAGAUCUGAAGCCAGUAGCAGCAGUGAUAAACCCUCUGCGUUCAAAAAACGGCCACGUGACUCACCUUCAGUCCCUGACGCUCCAGCGGCUAGGAAGGAAGCCGUGUCAUCAUCCAUGCCAUCUGCUAUCAAACCUGACAAACAGUCAGCGGAUCCUCAUGUGGAAUCAGCGUCUUCCGGGAGAGGAAACGCGGCGAACACAACCUCAAGGAGAGAAGAACUUCUUCGUGAGCUUAAAGCUGUCGAAGACGCUAUAGCAAGAAAGCGCGCCAGAAUUGAAUAAUAAUCGUGCAUAUUUUCAAGUAAAUGUAUAAUAAAGACCUGUCUUUCGCCAUUGUA